CCGCUCCCCUCGCUGGCAGUGCUCGCUAAGAUGGCGGACUUCCUGCCGUCGCGCUCCGUGCUGUCGGGCUGCUUCCCCGGCUGCCUCCUCACCAGCGGCGAGGCGGAGCAGCAGCGCAAGUCCAAGGAGAUCGACAAGUGCCUCAACCGCGAGAAGACGUACGUGAAGCGCCUCGUCAAGAUCCUGCUGCUGGGGGCGGGCGAGAGCGGCAAGUCCACCUUCCUCAAGCAGAUGCGGAUCAUUCACGGGCACGACUGGGACCGGGCGGCCCGCGAGGAGUUCCGCGCCACCAUCUACAGCAACGUGAUCAAGGGUGUGAGAGUCCUCGUAGAUGCCAGAGAGAAACUUCAUAUCCCUUGGGGAGAUCCUGCUAACCAGAGUAACGGAGAUACGAUGAUGGCUUUCGAUACUCGGUCCGUCACGGUGGCGCAAGGCAUGGUGGAGACGGCCGUUUUUUUACAGUACCUUCCAGCCAUAAGAUCUCUAUGGGCGGAUAGUGGUAUCCAGCAUGCGUACGACAGGCGCAGAGAAUUCCAGCUGGGGGAAUCUGUAAAGUAUUUCUUGGACAACUUGGAUAAACUUGGAGAACAAGAUUAUCUUCCCUCGCAGCAAGAUAUACUGCUGGCACGAAGACCCACGAAAGGGAUUCAUGAGUACGACUUUGAAAUAAAAAAUGUUCCUUUCAAAAUGGUUGAUGUAGGUGGCCAAAGGUCAGAACGGAAACGUUGGUUCGAGUGCUUCGACAGUGUCACAUCAAUACUCUUCCUUGUUUCCUCAAGUGAAUUUGACCAAGUGCUUAUGGAGGAUCGGCAAACGAAUCGCCUUACAGAAUCCCUGAACAUUUUUGAAACAAUAGUUAAUAACCGGGUUUUCAGCAACGUCUCAAUCAUUCUCUUCUUAAAUAAGACGGACUUGCUUGAGGAAAAAGUACAAAAAGUGAGCAUCAAAGACUAUUUUCCAGAGUUUGAAGGGGAUCCCCACUGCUUAACAGAUGUCCAAAAAUUCCUGGUGGAUUGUUUUCGUACUAAACGCCGGGACCAGCAGCAGAAGCCCCUCUACCACCACUUCACCACUGCUAUUAACACAGAAAACAUCCGGCUAGUUUUCCGUGAUGUCAAGGAUACCAUCCUCCACGACAACCUCAAGCAGCUUAUGUUACAGUGAUGUGCAAAAAGACAUUUUUAUUUGAGUAACUUUUGUGUGUUGUUUUUUUUUUUUUAAACUAGAAGUUUACAGCAGGAGUAGAGAAAUCCUGAUCCUGUCAGACUUCUUGAUAUGUGGCUAAAAGCUGCUGCUGAACACAUUAUUGCCAAUUUCUGCAGAAAUUCAGGCUUAAUCUCUUCCAGUGUAGCUUCAAGUUCACUCAAGUUCUAAUUUUAUAGCAGACCUAUGUCUAAGUUACCUGUAAAGUGAUCAAUUUGACGUGUUAAGAAUGUGUGUGUUAUCCUAGAAAAUUCAUUCCACCUUCAGAAUUCCAAGUCCAAACUUCAGUGAAAUUGUUGCAAUUGUUAGACUGUGGCAGUAAUUUAAGGGAGGUAGAAACUUUUCACGUCUAACUUCGUUAUGAAGACUGUGAUACCAUAGCUGACUUACGAUUUCUCAGGUCUAUUGUUGGUUAGAAAUCCCAUAAAUCCCUUGCUGGAAUAAUCUAUUUGAAGCCAGGAUUCCUGGGUGUAACGCACUUCCUGUUUAAGUAUAAAUCUUUGCGUGGGGUUUGACUAGGAGAUGCUUUAAAAAUACUUCGAUUGGGAGCCUUGGACAUAUCUGGCAGGAAGUACUGAUGCAGGCAGAAGUCUAGUGACGAGGAAUUAGUGAAUGGCACAGCACACGGUUUCACUCUUGCAUUGUAUGUACGUCUUGGAGCCAUGGCAAAGCACAGAGCACUAUGAUACGGUCCUCUUGAAAUUCUGAUGUGGGAAGGGGGAGCAAGCUAAACUUGUAUUUCUUAUCUUCACUAACC